AUGGGUUUCUUUUCUAAAGCGCAACCGGCGGAAAUCGCUGUGUCUGAAAAUCCUGAAAAAUCACAGUCUGACUCUCGCGAUUCUGCGUCAAUGGACGCAACUGGCAACCGACUCAAUCAUGGAAAAGUUCAGUCUGGUGUAGCUCGAAUUGAGGCCACGACCGCCGUUUGGUCAAAGUGGCAUCUUAUCACUGCUUAUGCGAUGAUCUGGUUUCUCUACUUCGUCAAGUCUAUCGAAGAGGUCGUCGUGUUCAGCAUGGAUCCAUUCGUUACAAGCGCAUUCAACAAACACUCCAUUACUCCUGCCAUCGACGUCGUAGCCAUCAUUGUCGGAGGCCUUAGUUACAUUCCUCUGGCGAAGAUUUUGGAUACUUGGGGCCGACCUCAGGGCCUUGCUCUGAUGGUCCUUGUUUGGGUUUUGGGCUUAAUCAUGAUGGCGGCCUGCAACAACGUAGAAACCUUUGCUGCUGCCAAAGUGUUCAAUACUGUUGGGUCACAGGGCGUCUCCUAUUGUGUUACCAUCUUCGUCGCCGACACCUCUUCUCUCCUGAAUCGACCGCUCAUGCUGGCAUUCGCUACCUCCCCAUACAUUGUCACGACCUGGGUGGGUGGCCCGGUCACUGAGAGUGUCCUUUCAGGACCGGGAUGGCGAUGGGGCUUUGGUAUCUGGACCAUCAUUACUCCUGUGGUCAUCUUGCCUUUGUCCAUUCUAUUCCUCUACAAUGACAGAAAGGCUGUAAAAGCUGGUCUGAUUGAAAAGCGCACAGGCUGGAUUACUCCCAAGGACGUCUGGGACUACAUCGUCACCGUCGAUUUGGUCGGAAUUAUCUUGCUUGCAGGCGGUAUGGCACUCUUUCUGCUACCCUUCAGCAUCUGGUCUUACCAGGCGGAACAAUGGCGCUCACCAUUGAUCAUUUGCAUGCUCGUCUUUGGAGCCGUUCUUCUCAUCGUUUUUGUUCUCUGGGAGAAAUUCUUUGCACCCGUCAGCUUUAUCCCCUACAACCUUCUCCUGGACCGCACAGUAUUCUCGGCUGGUGUGAGCUUUAUUUUUAUCUUUGCUGGCUCUUCCAUCUGGGGAGGGUACUUCUACUCCAUGCUACUUGUUGUUUGGGAUACAGGCGUCACAAAAGCAACAUAUAUCAAUAACAUCUAUCGCGUUGGUUCAUGCUUUGCGUCCGUCAUUAUGGGUCUUCUUGUACACAAGAUUGGCAGGUUCAAGUGGGUUUCUACUUACUACGCCCUGCCUCUUACGAUCCUGGGCGUAGGCCUUAUGAUCAAGUUCAGCCAGGCCUCAGAGAGUAUUGGCUAUGUUAUCAUGACCCAGAUUUUUAUCGCUUUUGCAGGAGGGCCAAUGGUCGUUGCUGGUGAGAUGGCCAUGAUGGCACCUUCUGAUCACCAGCAUGUGGCUGUCAUCAUGGCAAUGCUUAAUCUCUUCUGCAGUAUUGGAUCUGCAGUUGGCAGCACCAUAUCGUCGGCCAUAUGGACCGGAACUUUCAGACAGGAGUUGAUCAAUAAUUUGCCUCCCGGGUCACCAAUCGACACCAUCUACGGCCAGGUCUUGGAACAAACGGCGUAUCCUGUGGGGUCUGAGAUGAGGAACGGAAUCUCCGCGGCCUACUCGCAGACGCAGCGAUACAUGCUCAUCACCAGUGUCUGCUUUCUCGUGGUCGGAUGGGGAUGUACCUGGAUGUGGAGGGACAUCAAGCUUAGCAAGAUUAAGCAGGUUUCUGGUACUGUUGUUUAA